AUGGGUGAAGAAAAUCAAGUCAAUUCCUUACCCCACAAAGCUAAAUCCCGGCCCGCUUUAUAUUAUAUCAUCCUAAUUAUCAAGCUAUUAUCUUACGAUCUCGUCUUAUGGUUUUUCAACUUGGUCAUCCAUACCUUUUUCCGUGAUGUUCAAUCACGAGGAAGUUUCAAUAUCCCGCGAAGAGGUCCUGUGAUUUUUGUGAUUGCCCCUCACCAUAAUCAGUUUGUUGACGGGUUGGUAGUCAUGGCUAAGGUAAAGGAACAUCUGGGACGUCGUAUUGCUUUUUUAAUUGCGCAAAAGUCUUACGACAGGAGGAUCAUUGGCGAGGCUGCAAAAUUGUGUAGUGCCAUCCCAGUGGAAAGAGCGCAAGAUUUGUUGAAGAAAGGUACAGGUAAGAUAUAUGUUGAUAAGGAGGAUGAUCGUGUUAUUCGAGGCUCUGGCACCAAGUUUACAUCUGAGUGCCAAGUAAAGGGGUUAAUUGGAUUGCCCAACUCUUUAGGUAAUGGAUCAAUACAGGAAAUAUUUGACGAUGAAAAACUUAUACUAAAGAAGCCAUUCACUUCGCCCAGGAAAGAGAUUCAGCAAAGGAUUGACGAGAAGUUGCAAGAGGGCACUGAGUUCAAAAUUGCUCCUCACAUUGAUAACCACAUUGUUUUUCAGAAUGUUUUUACUCAUUUGAAUGAUGGGAAAGUAUUGGGUAUUUUCCCUGAAGGUGGAUCUCAUGACCGUCCUGAUUUGUUACCAUUGAAGCCAGGUGUAGCAAUUAUGGCAUUGGGCGCUAUUGCACAACAAAUCGAGGCAUUAAAAGCAGGUAAAUCCGAACACGAAGAGGUUGUUCCGGUUAGCAUAGUCCCAGUGGGGUUGAAUUAUUUUCAUCCACACAAGUUUAGAUCAAGAGUUGUUAUUGAAUUUGGAAAACCAAUCAUUGUGGAUGAACAGAUGGCGGAGCAAUACGAGAUGAACUCUAGGGAAGCAGUGGACAAGUUGUUGAAAACAAUUACACUUGGUUUGAAAGAAGUGACUAUGACUUGCAACGACUAUGAGACGUUGAUGGUGUUGCAGGCAGCACGAAGAUUGUACACUUCUGGAAAUAGAGAUAGUAUUCCUCUUCCCAUGGUGAUUGAAAUGAAUCGGAGAUUGAUCAAAGGAUACGAGAAAUACAAAGAUCAACCUGACGUGAAAGAGUUGAAAGAGGCAGUAUUGGAUUAUAAUAAAAAAUUGAGAGCAUUAAACCUACAUGACCACCAAGUGGAGUCAUUAGAUCGAUCAAAUAGAGUUGCAAAUUUUUGGCGGUUCACUACCAGGUUUUUCAAGUUUUCCUUAUUCAUGGGGUUGAGUCUACCAGGUAUUUUCUUAUUCAGUCCUGUAUUUAUCAUCUCUAGACGAAUUUCAAGAAAAAAGGCCAAAGAGGCGUUAGCUGCAUCAGUGGUAAAGAUAAAGGCUAAAGACGUUUUGAGCACAUGGAAGAUACUUGUGGCAAUGGUUUUAGCGCCAAUGUUGUACAUCUUUUGGUCGGUCAUUGGCACUAUUUUGAUUGUCAAGUCUAAAAUUUUGGGAGACUACCAGCCAUCAAUUUGGUUUAUAUUUAUCUACUUUUAUGGAUGGGCUGUGUUGACAACUUAUGCAUCAUUGAGAAUGGGCGAAAUCGGAAUUGAUUAUUACAAAUCUCUUGCACCAUUGUUCCUUUCAGUGUUGAGUAUCAAUGAGGAUAGAUUUCAAAUUGAGAAAUUGAAACAAACAAGGGGGGAGCUACGUGAAAGAGUGAAUAUAUUUUGUAACAAAUUUGGUCCAGGAAUGUUUGAUGAUUUUGAACAAUUUUACAGACAAUACAAUGGUACCACAGAGGAUGAAGAGUUUGAUAUCAUUACACUUCAAAAACAACAAGCAGAAAACCAAUUCAACAAGCUACAAAGACAGACAAGUGCUUCUUCUUUGGAUUUCAAUUUGCUGAAUUUGUCAGAUAUUCCAAUUUUUGCUGCAGCAGACUUGGAACAGGCCAAUGAUGUGAAUCUCACUAAGGAGUCAGAAGAAAUUGAGAAGGAAAGACUGAGAGAAGAUAGUGAAACAAAUGACGAAAAAGUUGAGGAAUUAAAUAAUGAAGCAGAGUCUACUGAUGGUCCAAAGAUGAGAAUAAGAAAAGCAAUGAAGGAGAAGUACUCGAAUUUAGAUUAG